UGAUUUCACACUUUACUCUGGUAGUUGGCAUGCCCUGGACCAGACCCCAGGUGGACCUUCAUGCUGGUGGAGCAGAGGCCAUGGACCAGUAUAACAUAGAAGACCACCACUAUAAGGGCUCCCUGUUCCCCACCUUCACCCUCAUCCCUAUCACUGUCAUCUGCAUCCUCAUCUUCAUUGUCGGAGUGACGGGCAACACCAUGACCAUCCUUAUCAUCCAGCACUUUAAGGACAUGAAGACCACUACCAACCUGUACCUGUCCAGCAUGGCAGUGUCUGACCUCAUCAUCUUCCUCUGCCUGCCCUUUGACCUCUACCGCCUGUGGAAAUAUGUGCCCUGGCUGUUUGGGGAAGUGGUGUGCCGCCUCUAUCACUAUAUCUUUGAGGGCUGCACCUCGGCCACCAUCCUUCACAUCACAGCCCUGAGCAUUGAGCGUUACAUGGCCAUCAGCUUCCCCCUCAGGAGCAAGGUGGUGGUGACCAGACGCAGAGUCCAGUACAUCAUCCUCGCCCUGUGGGGUUUCGCCCUGGUUUCUGCAGCUCCCACACUCUUCCUGGUUGGGGUUGAGUAUGACAAUGACACACACCCAGACUACAAUACAGGGCAGUGCAAGCACACCAGCUACGCUAUCACCUCCGGCCAGCUACACAUCAUGCUCUGGGUGUCCACCACCUACUUUUUCUGCCCAAUGCUCUGUCUUAUCUUCCUCUAUGGCUCCAUCGGGUGCAAGUUGUGGAAAAGCAAAAAUGACCUACAAGGACCCUGCGCUUUCACACGUGAAAGGUCACACAGGCAAACAGUCAAGAUCCUGGUGGUGGUGGUGCUGGCCUUCAUCAUCUGUUGGUUGCCCUAUCACAUUGGCAGGAACCUCUUUGCCCAGGUGGACGACUAUGAUACAGCCACGCUAAGCCAGAACUUCAACAUGGCUUCCAUGGUGCUCUGCUACCUCAGCGCCUCCAUCAACCCUGUCGUCUACAACCUUAUGUCUCAGAAGUACAGGGCUGCAGCCAAACGCCUCUUCCUGCUGCAUCAGAGGCCUAGACAAGCCCACCGCGGCCAGAGACCGCUCUGUGUGAUCGACCACAUCUCCACCCUGAAUGAAAGCCUGACUGGGGUCUGAGGGGCCUCAGCACACUCUGAGCAGUGUUUUGAUGGGAUUGUUUGACUUCAUCACCCAGGGAGAGUGUGCAGGCUUUUUUACAGUUAAGGAGUUGUAGCUAAAGAGGAAACUUGUUGAAGAUGUGUAGAGGGGGAAAGUUUGUUUCAUUUCAUCUUUGACAGGGAAAACAGCCCCACUGCACUUAAAUGCAAAAUCAAAUGUACCAUUACUCAGUGGUAUUUUGUUUUUUAGAGACUGGAUUUUCAGCCAUGUCACAGGAUUUUCAGCCAUGUCACAUUUAAUUUUUUUUUCAAAAUAUACAUAGUUAUUCAGUGGAUUCCAAGAGGAAAAAUUGUAAUUUAUAUUUUCCUGUUUAAAUGUUAUGCAAAAGUAUUUACCUCUACAUCGUGUACAUUGCUUGGUGUUAGCACUUAUUGAACACAUGCACCAUUUCACUUCACAAUUACCAAUCUACAGCACUGAUUAAUAACUGAUCCCUCUUUGUUAAUAACAGAUGACAUUUGCCACAUUUGAAAUGACUGUUCAUUUAUGAUGUACAUUCUGUUAUAUAAGAGUGAAUUUCAGUGUUUGGUGAAUAAUUGUUUUUAUACUAUUUGGUGGUUGUUCUCAUAAAUCAAUAAAAACAAAACAACGAAACUAAAUGUUUAGUUGUUGGGAUCUGAAAUUGAGUUUUCUGGUGUUGGUGUAUGUCUGUAAUGGUUUGCAGUACUGUGUACCAUCUCUCCAGUGGAUAGGUAAAACAUAAACUUAAUAAAAGCAGAUUAAUUUGAAAAUGGGGCAGUUGAUGUCUGUGUGUGUAUUACACAGGCCACCUGAGGCCUGAGGUUUUAGGGCUGUGCACGUGCCAGCCAUCACAUGUAAUCUGACACGACUAUUAUAUUACCUGGGGUCUGACUUAGAUUUACGCUGGCAGCCAAUGUCCCUGCAUCACCAUAUUCAAAGUAAUGGCUGCUCUAAGUGCAUUUCAAAGAGGAUAAAAAGAUAUUAGGUUGUCAGCAGCGGCAGAGCUUACGGCUUUUAUUGCUUCCACUUGCAUAAUCUUGACACCAUUGUACAAUUCUUCUUUGAUGUUGAGUUUUGGAUUUGAAAUUGUACACUUCUCUAUCUCAUGCACU